AGAGGAGAAAAAAAAAAAAAAAAAGCGCGAUAAAAGCAGAGAGAUCUCGUUGCAGAUUGCCAAUGAUUUCCAUUCUUUCGCCUCUCAAUGACAGGAAAGCUACUGUGCUGCUGCCGCUUGCUUGUCAAGUAAUCCAUCAAUGGAGGUUGAACAAAGCGUGACUUUCGCCAACAUCACAUCUAGAAAAAAUUUCGUUCCGGGCAUCGUGCUCUUGCUCCUCGUCGUCGGGCUGCGAGACGCAAUGCAGCGUAACUGACGACGCAAAGAAGAAACGCUGAUUUUUAUAUAGCAUGGGACGACAAUCUUUCCUCGAUACUUGGCACCAGUGCUAUCUCAUUGGGUUUCCGUGACGCGUGUGACUUUCAUAUUUCUUCGGGGAUUUAUUCCAGUCCAAUCUAUGGAUCGCGCUGCGCUGCCAGGAAAAUUCAGUCUCGUCCAGUAACGAAAGAAGAAGAAGAAGCAUCCAUCAAAGUUCUUUUUCGGCGAAGAAAAGGAGAUCAUCCACCGCAAAGUUCUCUCUCGGCGACAAGAUGAUAAGUCCGGCGGAGUUCUACUCGGUCAUGGCGGCAAUGGUUCCACUCUACGUCGCCAUGCUCCUCGCCUACGCCUCCGUGAGGUGGUGGGGAAUCCUCACGCCUGACCAGUGCUCCGGCAUCAACCGCUUCGUCGCCAUCUUCGCGGUGCCGCUCCUCUCCUUCCAGAUCAUCGCUCACAACAAUCCUUACGACAUGAGCCUCAAGUUCGUCCUCGCGGACGCUCUCCAGAAGAUCAUCGUCCUGGCGGUCCUGGGAGCCUGGGCGAGAUACUCACGCCGCGGCAGCCUCGAGUGGAUGAUCACUCUCUUCAUGCUGGCGACGCUUCCGAACACGCUGGUGAUGGGAAUCCCGCUGCUCAACGCCAUGUAUGGUGGCGACCCCUCCAGGCUCGUCGUCCAAGCCGUCGUCCUCCAGUGCAUUGUCUGGUACACGCUCCUCCUCGUCCUGUUCGAGUACCGCAGCGCAAAGAUCCUCGUCGCACAAAAGUUUCCAAAGCCCGCCGCUGCCAUCGCCUCCGUCAAGGCCGAUCCGGACGUGGUUUCUCUCAGCUUCAAGGAAGGCCUGACCACCGAGGCCUCCGUGGGAGAAGAUGGCAAGAUUUACGUCCAGCUCAAGCGCUCACCACCACCAAUUCGCACUGCUCCUGCGACGAAAAAUCCGUUUUUUCCUCCGGCGGCGAUGGCGAGCACGGCGUUUUCUUCCAAGGCCAGCACUCCCGGAGCCUCGGACCUGAGCAACGCGGAGAUAUACUCGGUGCACUCCUCGAGCGUCUUGACUCCUGGGCACAGCUUCCAUCGCAGCAGCGACCGGAGUGACUUCUAUCUGAUGACGUCCGGCAGCCGGGGUGGCAGCCCGUUUCGUCUCCAGGAGCUCGACUCGGUCUUCCAGUCGUCGAAUCAGUCGUCCAACGUACACACUCCUCGGGAGGCCGUCAUCUCGGUAAGGGACGAUCAUAUCUUCCCGCUGGACAUGUACCGAACUGGAGGUGGCGGCGGCCGAGGAACUCCAAACUUUGACGACCACUUCCGGCACUUGGUUUGCAACCAGGGCUUCUCGCAGACGGCGGUGCAGAUCACCAAGAAGGACAACGACGAGGAGGGCGCGUCCUCCAACUUGGACUACGAUGCGAAAGAGCUCCAGAUGUUCGUGUGGAGUGCGAGUACGUCGCCGAGGUCGCCAGCGUCGGUGGCUGCUCCGGCGAAGCUCUUAUGGCGGAAGGACGAGAAAGUUCUCAUGUCACACGAAACAACGCUGGAAGUUCCCGAAGAAGCAGUGACAAGACCGGAUGGAAGUGCUGCUGCUGCUGUUCAGACUCCAGCGGAAAGGAACAGGCCAUGGAUCAAAACUUUUCUACCAUCAAAGGAUGCUGCUGCAAAGCUGCCAGACGAUCCGGACAUGCCGUCUACAGCUGUGAUGACGAAGCUCAUCCUGGACAUGGUGUGGAGGAAGCUUGUUCGGAAUCCAAACACGUACUCGAGCUUACUGGGCUUGACGUGGGCACUCAUUUCCUUCCGAUGGAACCUCCGCAUGCCAAAGAUUAUCGAAGGCUCCAUCACGAUUCUAUCGGACGCCGGGCUUGGAAUGGCCAUGUUUAGCCUGGGAUUGUUCAUGGCUUUGCAACCAAAGCUACUCGCGUGCGGGACGUCGAUGACGAUAAUCGGAAUGGUUAUCAGGUUUGUGACCAGUCCCGCGAUCAUGUCGGCUACUUCAAUCGCAGCGGGGCUUCGCAAUAUGGAUUUGAGAGCGUCGAUUGUCCAGGCUGCCUUGCCGCAAGGUAUUGUCCCUUUCGUUUUUGCUAAAGAGUACAAUGUGCAUCCAGACGUCCUGAGCACUGCAGUCAUCUUUGGUAUGCUCGUAUCGCUUCCUAUCACACUGCUCUAUUACGUGCUUCUGGGAUUAUAGUUGAUACAGUUGCCAGAUUUUACGAGCA